AUGCCGAUAGUAAGCCGAACAACUGUCACAACAACUCGUACAACUGGUUUUAGAAGUUCAACAAUCCCUGUUUGGGUUAUUAAACUACUCACUGUAAUCAUCGCAUUGGUUGUAAUACUACUAAUAUAUUUACAAGACAAAGGUGUUCGUGCAAAUUACUCUACGACAUACAUUAUUAUUGCACUUACUUGUGGAUUGUUACUUGGAUGGAGUAUUGGUUCCGUUCUGCAACAAAUAUUCUUCAUUAGGACUGUCGAGAUCGUUGUCAAUACAAUCUUGACAAUACUUGCAAUUUGUUCUCUAAUUGUCACGGUGUUAUUCUUGCUGGAUCGGAGUGACUGGAGCCGUUAUGAAAGUUAUCGGUUGAUGGUCGGAACAGCUAUCUGUUUCUUAAUCCAGUCAAUUGUUUGCAUAAUGAUGCUGUCUUGGGCAUUUUAUGGAAAUCUGGUCAUUGUUGAAAGUCGUUAA